AUGUCUACCUCCGCUGGUGUUAAUGUACUUCGGUACUCUGCUCUUGCCCUCGGUGUCUUCUACGGCUUCACCCACCAGAGGAAGAUCACGGCUACCCAGAAGGCUGAGGCCGACAAGCGCGAGUACCAGCGCAAGGAGGCUUUAAUAAACCAGGCCAAGUCCGAGUACGCUCGGAUUAAGAACCCUCCCGUUGCCUCCGCCGCCGAUGAGACCAUCCGCGAUCCCAUGGACCCUAAGUUUGAUCUCGAAGCCUACUUCCAGACCUUGAUGAAGGAGAACCCAUAA